AAGCAUGAACGAUAGCCAAUAACUCUUUUACAAAAUUGGUCGAGUAAUUUCAGUCUGCACAAAACGUUCAACAUUCUCGCUUGUUUUACUGGUUCGGUUAACUUUUAUGUGUAAAAUACCUUUAUUAGUGGCUAAUACUCCUCUCCAAGGUGCUUUUUUGGAGAAAUGGUGGUAUUUUGAACCACAUUAGUCGAAGUUGUUUACCUUGGUCACUGAUUGCUGUUGGUUGUCAAGGACAAGGGUGAUUUGCAUUUGAUGUGAAAGGCGGCUGAAAACAUCGAAGAUGAGGUUCAAGACUCACGUAUUAAAAGAAUCUAAACAUAAGGAUCUUGUUAGUUGUGUUGGGUGGACAUCUGCUGAUGAGCUGUUUUCUAGUGGAGAUGAUCACAGCAUAUUGAAGUGGAAUCUGUUAUCAGAUGAAACUACACAGGUCAUGAAAUUGCCUGCAGAGAUCUUUCCAACUGACAUACACUGGUUUCCUCGUGGAGCUGGAGGCAAAAAACAAAGCCAGUCAGAGCUGUUUGUCCUUACUUCAACAGAUGGUAAAUUCCACUUGAUUUCUCGGAAUGGUCGUAUUGAGAAAUCUGUUGAGGCUCACAGAGGUGCUGUUCUCUCUGGAAGAUGGAGUCUUGAUGGAUCAGCAAUGGUGACAGUUGGAGAAGAUGGCCAAGUAAAGAUCUGGUCGAGAAGUGGAAUGUUAAGAUCAACUUUGGUUCAAGCAGGGACCCCAGUAUAUUCUGUAUCAUGGAGCCCAGACUCAGACCAGAUCCUUCACACAAGUGGCAAGCAGUUGGUGAUUAAACCUUUACAAGCUGCUGCUAAACCAGUGCAGUGGAAGGCUCAUGAUGCAAUUGUGUUAAAAGUUGACUGGAAUCCUAACAAUAACAUUAUUGUAUCUGGUGGGGAAGACUGCAAGUAUAAGGUGUGGGACAGUUAUGGCCGAGUGUUGUAUUCCAGCAUGUUGCAUGAGUAUCCAAUCACCAGCAUUUCAUGGGCUCCAGAUGGUGAACUCUUUGCUGUUGGGUCAUUUAAUACUCUGAGACUCUGUGACAAAACUGGGUGGUCGUACACCCUGGAGAAACCCAACACUGGCUCAAUAUUCAACAUUGCUUGGUCAAGUGAUGGAACACAACUUGCAGGUGCUUGUGGGAAUGGACAAGUUAUCUUUGCUCACGUCAUCGAAAGACGUCUUGAGUGGAAAAACUUUGAAGUAACAAUAACAGACCGCAAGAGUAUUUUUGUCAGAGAUGUUAUGAAUGAUGUCAAAGAAUCAUUGGACUUCCGAGACCGCAUUAUAAAGACUUCAUUGGCCUUCAACCACCUUGUUGUAGCAACAACAUCGCAGUGCUACAUAUACAGUGUCAGAAACUGGAACACACCAAUGAUAUUUGAUCUCAAGAAUGGAAAUAUCACCCUCAUUGUCCAGACUGAAAAAUACUUUCUUCUGGUGGACGACUCAGGUCUUCAGAUUUACUCAUACGAGGGGCGAUUAACCUGUGUUCCAAAGUUCCAAGGAUUAAGGACAGACACCUUGAAUGAGCAAACAUGUACAUUAAGCAAUGAUACACUUGCAAUCAAAGAUCGGAAAGACGAGAAAGUUAUUCAUUUAUUUGAAACUCAGACAGGAAAGCCAGUUGGAAGUGGUCAGCCAAUUCAACACUCUCUGGAUGUAAUGGAGAUUGCUCUAAGUCAGUGUGGGCAAACCUGUGACAGCCAACUGGCCAUGAUUGAUAAAAACAGAGAUCUUUAUCUAACACCUGUCAAACACAUUGGUCCAGCUGAAAGACUGGUUAAACUUGGAACAAUGAUAACAACAAUGGCAUGGAAUGACAACACAAACAUGUUGUCAGCAUUCCAAGAUGGGAGAUUUAUUGUUUGGUAUUAUCCGAGUGCAGUUUAUGUUGAUCAGGAUAUCCUGCACAAAACACUAAUUGAGAAAGAUUCCAGUGAUUUUGGUAAGAACCCUCAGAUUGUCAGCUUCCUGGAAAAUCACUGCACAAUGAGAAGAGCUGAUGGCUCUCUCUGCAGCACAAUAAUUUCACCAUAUCCAUCAAAGCUUCACAAGUAUGCCAGUGAGUCAAAGUGGCAAGAUGGUAUUCGACUCUGCAGAUUUGUUAAGGACAAUGUUUUGUGGGCAUGUUUAGCAACCAUGGCUGCCUAUGCAAAGGAUCUCAAUACUGCAGAGACAGCUUAUGCAGCCAUAGAUGAAGCUGACAAAGUCCAAUACAUCAAUCACAUCAAGGAAAUUCCCACAAAAGAAGGAAGAAAUGCUGCCAUGGCUCUGUUCUGCCGACAGACUCAAGAAGCAGAGACAAUUCUCUUGCAAGCUGGGCUCAUUUACAGGGCUAUACAGAUGAAUAUUGAUCUCUUCAACUGGGACAGGGCUCUGGAACUUGCUGUUAAGCACAAGACUCAUGUGGACACUGUGUUAGCCUAUCGACAGAAAUAUCUGGAAAACUUUGACAAGACAGAAACAAGCAAACGGUUUCUACAGUAUGCAGAAGGGGUGGAAGUUGACUGGGAGAAAAUAAAGGCCAAGGUUGACAAUGAGCUACAGAAAGAAGCUGCAAGGCCAGGUGCUAAACCUUACAAUGAGACUUGUAAGGGAGGUGGGUGUCUAACGGAAGGAGCUAAUAUGUGCAUUAUUGGCAUAGUUAUGAAGAUGGCGGCCAACAUGGCUAGUCUUUUAGAACGCAAAUUGUUUUGCAGAUUUCUUGCCACUAACAGUAGGAAGAAAUUAGUUUGGACUUUUGGUUCUAACUAUACCACGGGUUCAAGAGCAAUCAAGAAGGUUGUCAUAGCUAACAGAGGUGAGAUUGCCUGUCGGGUGAUGAAAACAGCCAAGAAAAUGGGAAUAGGAACAGUUGCUGUGUACAGUGAUGCAGAUGAGAAUUCCAUGCAUGUAGACACAGCUGAUGAAGCGUAUCACAUUGGAGCUGCUGCAUCUCGAGAAAGUUAUUUAAAAAUGGAGAAGAUCAUAGAAGUUGCCAUCAAAAGUGGAGCACAGGCUAUUCAUCCAGGCUAUGGCUUUCUAUCAGAGAAACCAGAAUUUGCUGAGCUUUGCGAGAAAGAAGGUGUGAUAUUUAUUGGACCACCAGCUUCAGCAAUCAGAGAUAUGGGUAUAAAGAGUACAUCAAAGGCAAUCAUGAGCAAUGCUGGAGUGCCAAUCAUCGAGGGUUACCAUGGUGAUGACCAAUCAGACGAGAGAUUGAGACAGGAGGCAGAGAAAAUAGGAUAUCCUGUCAUGCUAAAGGCUGUCAGAGGAGGAGGCGGAAAGGGAAUGAGAAUUGUAAUGAAGGCUGAAGAUUUUGCUGAUGCCCUUGAAUCAGCCAGAAGGGAAUCUUUAAAGUCCUUCAAUGACGACAACAUGUUAGUGGAGAAGUUUGUGGACACUCCCAGGCAUGUAGAGGUUCAGGUAUUUGCCGACACUUUUGGCAACACAGUGUACUUGUUUGAGAGAGACUGCAGUGUUCAAAGAAGACAUCAGAAAAUCAUCGAAGAAGCUCCUGCCCCGGGAGUAUCCUCUGAGGUGCGGCAGAAAAUUGGUGAGGCAGCCGUCAGAGCAGCAGAGGCAGUAGGUUAUGUUGGAGCAGGUACUGUUGAGUUCAUCAUGGAUAAAGACCAAAACUUCUACUUCAUGGAAAUGAACACACGUUUACAGGUGGAGCAUCCUGUGUCAGAGAUGAUCACAGGACAGGAUCUGGUCGAGUGGCAGCUAAGAGUUGCGGCAGGUGAAGCCCUACCUCUCACACAAGACGACAUCAAGCUAACUGGACACUCAUUUGAGGCUAGAAUUUAUGCUGAAGAUCCUGAUAGUGAUUUUCUGCCAGGGGCAGGCCCUCUGUUACAUUUGUCGACGCCUGAACCAUCUGACACAAUGAGAGUUGAAACAGGAGUACGACAAGGCGACGAAGUAUCAGUGCACUAUGAUCCAAUGAUCGCAAAACUUGUAGUGUGGUCAGAAAGCAGGGACCAGGCCUUGAGUUUGUUGAAGGAAUCUCUUCAGCAGUAUCAUAUCGUGGGAUUGAACACAAAUAUUAGUUUCUUGUCGAAUCUGUGUGAACACACCCAUUUCAAGGAAGGUGACGUGCACACUGAUUUUAUUAAGCAACAUCAUCAAGAGCUGUUCCCUGAAAAAAAACCGCUGAGUCACGAAAUACUGGCGCAAGCAAGCUUGGGACUCUUAUUGCUUGAAAGACAAGAACAGGAAAAAAGAGCUGCGCUCUCUACUGAUCCGUUUUCAGUGUGGAAUUCUAAUGUGAGCUUCAGACUAAACAACGUGGCAAAGAGAAAAAUACGACUGGACGACGGUGAUAGAAAGGUGUAUAUCAUUAUCUCUUACAACAAGGAUGGAACUUAUAAUUUAGAAAUCGAAGGUCGUCGCAUGCACGCGAAAGGCAAGCUACAAUCAGAGGGUUCGCGAGUCAGCCUCACAGCUAAUGUAGACGGACGUGUCUUCAAAUCUUGGCUUGUUGACUUGGAGGGAACCAUACACAUAUUUACCAAGGAUGGCUGUCACAAAUUACGUCGCCCGGUUCCCAAGUUCUUGAGGGGUGGUCCGUCGGCUGUAACUCAAGGUUCUGCGAUUGCGCCAAUGACAGGCACUGUUGUAAAGGUUUUCGUGGAGCCAGGACAGACAGUAAAAGAAGGCGAGACGCUAGUUGUCAUGGAGGCCAUGAAAAUGGAGCACGUAAUUCGAGCCCCGAAAUCUGGCGUGAUAGAAAAAGUGCUGUACUCUGCUGGCCAGGCUGUGAACAGGCAUGCCCAGCUAGUACAAUUUCAGGAACAAGGAGAGGAACCAAAUUCAGGAGACGAGGACGACGACGAGCAAGGGCCUGAGGCCGAGUGAAAAAAAUUAUCAUGGCUUGGACUGGACUGGUAACUGGUUACAAGAACUUAAGGCAAUUCCAAAGUUAAAGUUGCGUUACAAAGAUUUGAAGCAAGGAAUUGAAGUUGUGGUCAUCAAUUAGAUGAGAUAGAUAAAUUAAUAAGAAUGAAUUCCUAUAUUUUCAUCCUAUAGAAGAAUGAAUUCCUAUAUUUUCAUCCAAUAAAGUUCUGCAAUCUCGCAGUAAAGCUUCGUAAUCUCGCCGUAAGUGGUCUAUUUGUCACACAAUACUACAGACCGAGGCAUAGUGUCGCUUCUGGCCAGAGUGUGUACCGUUUGUGGACUUGGGCGAAUAUGCCUUGCGUGGUACUGGAACAUGCAGUUAUUUAAAAAAUUGAAUUUAAGGAGACUAGAGUAGGCUUUUGCUCUUGAUGUGUAUUUUAAACGAGCAAUGCUCAUAGCAAAAAUGUGAAUCGUAUGACGAAAACUAUAUAUUAGUAACAAUAGGUAUACAUCGUCUGGAAGCGGAUUAGUUUGAAGGAAAUGAAGACGUCGAUGUGCUUUAGACCAUGACUAAACUUUCAGUUCUUGCGCGAAAUAGUGUUAUUAAAGAAAUAUGUCGGCAAGCUUAUUCUCCUAUUUAAACAAAUGUUGGCUCUUGCCUGUCCGUUAAAAACGUGCAUUAAGCAAGACAAGUUACAUUUGGAAAAUUUGCAUCGAAACUGUCCUGAGUGCUUAGUGCAAACUCUGAGGACGUGUGGUCAGUCAGAACGAAAAUGAUGAAGGUUCGUUAUUUUCUAUGUUAAGAAAUCGUUCAAAAUAAAAUCUGAAGUGAAAUCUGAAAUGCAAAACUGAAAUGCAGCCUGGUGUAAUCUUUCGUAAGAGCGGAGCUCGCAGAGCGUAGCCCUAUAAUUAUACAAAAUGAUAGUAGUAACCCAUCAAGCCGAAAACAUUUGGACUUAUGACUCGCACGGACGUCCGUACAAGGUGCUACUCUUUUAGCAUGCGCGGUCAACUGCACCGCGGGCACGCCAACGGCACGGCUUUGUCCUGUAGUCCAGUGGUCUGUGCACUGCCGGUCUCCGAGUCGGAAGACCCGGGUUCUAGUCCUGGCAGGGGCAAGGCGUUGUGCCCUUGAGACGUGCGGGGAUAAAAAAAGGCGAGCUCCGCUUUUAAACUUGGCUAAAUAUAUAUUAUUGUAUACGAGAAAAUGAAGUCAUUGAUAGACUUGAAUGGUAGUAUUUUAAGGUGAUUCCUCAGAAGUAAAGAUUGGGUGUAGGCACGUGUAAUAUACUUGUUGCCUGAGUGAGAAAGCUAGACGGGGAAAUAUCUGGGUCUAGGAUGGUGAUAUAGGAGUCGCAUGCAGCAAAAAUAUGCAUCGUGUCAUUAACUGCUCGUCAUUUUAUUCUUUGCAUCACUUAGAUGUAACUUGCAUCGAGUUAUAAAAAUAUGAAUUUUAAAAUCA